AUGCCAGCCGAGCGACGGAAGCGCUUGACGGUCGCACGGUCGCACGUACAUCCUCUCACCCGGCCGGUACAGUCGCCACGGAGGAAGCGAGCAGGCGCCUCCCGUGACGAAACGACAGCCGUCGACCGAGGCCUCGUGCGCACGAGAGUAACCCUGCUCGAUGCUACCGGACAAAAGCAUUCGUACACGCUGUCGUCGGAAGUUGUGGAUCUUUUGUACUUCGUCACAGAACGCCAUCGCAUCUUCCGGGAGCGUCUCGAGGGCAAGCCAGCGCCCUGGACGAAAGACGUCCUACUUCAACAGAGGCACUUCACAAAUGUCUUUCGCGUACUGGACAGGUGCUCUCAGUACUGUCUGAGCCAUGUCAUCAGAGAGGGUCCAGCCGUAUUCAAGGAGCAAGUGUUCCGAGUCGUGGCCUACAGCAUACUGGGAUUCAACCCGGUAACAUACGGAUAUCUGGAGAAGACAUUCGGAUCUCCAUUAUUGUUGGAGAGUUAUGACGAGCACGCAUGGACCCGAGCAUUGAGUUCUAUAAAUUUCUCAAUUGGUCGGGGCGCCUAUCAGAUACCUGCGCCUACCGUCGACCAAAUCGGAGAAGGCACCUACUGCGCUCGCUUGGUCCGGCUCGUUAGCCUGAUGGUGAAGUCUGAAGUCGACUUGGCUCUGGAAGGAUGCAAACACCUUCGCGACUUGCACAUCAUCAUCUCCAGCUACCCGUCGAUGACUGCCUUUCUGGGUUAUCAGGUGGUUUUGAACCUGAACAUGAUCCCAGCACUUUCCUGCCCAGAAGAUUGGGCACAGCCGGGACCUGGAGCAGUGAAGGGCUUGAGGGCGAUAUUUGGAGAUGACCUUGGCACUCAAAUGAUGGUGCCGGCAAUGGAGUGGCUGCGCAAGCACUUUUCGGAACUGGCGAUUGAGGCCGGUUACCCGAUGCGCCAAGUUCCCGCGCUCAAGGCUGACUCUCCCGGGUUCACCCUCUGCGACAUCGAGCACCUGCUGUGCGAGUUUCACAAAUACCGUUCUGCACCGAGCGAUGGCAAGGGAUGUCGCCGGUAUGAAGGAUCAAUAUCCACUGUCACCGUCCCCGUCACCGAGCACCUCCCCAAGAACUGGGUCCACCAUGAUCUGGCUUGCCAACGACGUGAUGACUCUUAUGCUUUCCCGCCUGCCGACGAGGAUGAGGAGUACAUGCCGUUGAGCGUCCUGGAGGAAAAGUAUCCCGGAACGCCUAACCAUCAGUAUCGGGUCCGCUGGGAUGGUUACCCACCCGAAUUCGACACUUGGGAACCUGCGAAAUCUCUAUCAGAGAGCUCGCCGACGGUGGUGGGGUGCUUCAGAAAGAGGAUAGACAAGGUUGCAAUGAUGCUCUCGGAGUAUACGUCGUAG